AUGCCACCAUUAAAUUCGCGACAAAAAUUUCCACAAGAGAGCAAAGGUCAAAAGAUUCAAAAAAGAAAAAAUUCUUCUAUUUUUCAGAAAAACUUCACUGUUGAACAAAAGAACAACAGUGGUACUACUAUCAAGGCGAUCCGAACUAUCGAUGAGCAUUUCAGUAUCGAUGAACACCAUGUUAUCUAUACAGGUAUCUCAAACGAGAUUGCAACAAAGCUAGUGCUAAUGUUGAUGGGCUUUAUGGUCACUCUAAUCUUAUUGUGCAUAUUUUUGAUACUUUCUAUAUAUAUUUAUUACAAAGAAAAAGAUGAAGAGUUUUUUCUGGACAAUAAGGGUGAACCAGCAAAGGUGAAAGUUGACAAAGCUCAUUCGCCAUAUAUUAUAACUCCGGAACAAAAGAUCACUCAACAAUUGCUAUCCACCGAGAUGGUGACAUCUAUCGGGUGUUCAGUAGAUGAUAUCGCUCAAUUGUUGCGAUACAUAGCUUUAUAUGGUGAAUUAUCAGAAGAUGAAAUUUACCAAACUCCGCUAACAUUUAUCCGUUUAGUGGUGCGUGGUAAAACAAAAUUCGAUAAGGACGAUUCUAAAAGGGAGCAAAAACCAGUUCCGAAAUCAGAAUCAAAGCUAGGCUUGUAUAAUGACAAAGAGUAUCUUAUCAAACGUUAUAAUACUUCAGCACGUUAUAUUCCGCAAAACUUUUGUAACUCUUUAUUUCAAGAGAAAAAAACUCGUGGAAAUGAAUUAUCCAACAGAUUGAUUAGUGACAAUAAAGUAAAACGAAGCUCGAGAAGAGGCAAUGCUAUGAGGAAAGGUAAAAGGAAGAAGAAUAGGAAGAAAAAAAGUUCAAAAUCGCGACUAAGCCGCCAAUUGGUUGAGGCGGCAUCUCCACAUGCGCACGAAAGAAUGCUAAAUAAGGGGCUAAGGAUGAAACGGUCAAGAAAAGUACGGGGUCUUCGUAGGAAAGAAAAUGGUAAACAUUUCAAUAGUUGA